AUGAGCGACUCAAUCUGGACCGACUUCGCCACGGCCCAAGCGCGCGAAGACGGCUACCUCCUCGCCACCACCAUCUCCCCCUCACGCCCCCCUUCCGAUCCCGCUCGCCUCUACAACUACCUCCGCUGGACGAACGCCGGCAGCGUGCAAACCGACCUCCGCUACAAACUGCAAUACAACCCGGACCUGCACCUCGACAAGAAGGAGUCCAGCAACUGGCUCGAAGUUUUCACCGCCUAUUACCACUUCACCGCCCGUCUACUGUCAGCGGAAGAAGCGCAAAACACCAGCCAACGAGCACGUGAAGCGGAUUGGAAUGGCGUCUACGAGUCGUGGAAGGAUGUGCUGAAUGCCGUCUACCGUGGCUAUACGAGUGAUGUGUUUGAUGCCUGGACGAUCCCGUGUCUGUAUGUCGUGGCGAAAUACAUGCGCAUCUUCGCCAUCAAAGCCGACGAGAGUGCCACCGCUGCCGCGCAAAGAGAACAAAGAGACACCGGCAUGGCGUUCGGUCUGCAAGACGAAGACGGCUUCAAUACUUCCUCCAAUAGCAAGAACGAGAAGCUGGAGGAUGCGGCGCGGCAUAUCAACCGCAUCUUCGCCCUUUGUCUCGGCGACAGAUCCCCCCUCGAAGACUCCCGCAAAUGGGCCCUCUACUACAUCGCCAACCUGCUCUUCAAAACCUACUUCCGCCUGAACAGCGUGCCCCUCAGCAAAAACAUCCUGCGCUCUCUAUCCGCCCAAGCCGCCGGUGAACUACCCCCCCUAUCCCGUUUUCCCAAAGCGCAUCAGGUGACGUUUAAGUACUAUUCUGGUGUGAUAGCGUUCUUGUCAGAAGACUACGCUGCAGCAGAAGAGCAUCUGGAGAGCGCGUAUAAAAUGUGCUUGCACUCGAGCAAUGAUUCAGCUGCUCAAACAGCCACAGCAACAGCCACAACCCGCAACCGCGACCUAAUCCUAACCUACCUCAUCCCAACCAAACUCCUGACCUCCCACCGCCUCCCCACCCCGACCCUCCUAUCUCAAUCCCCACACCUCACCUCCCUCUUCGCCCCCAUCACCUCGGCAAUCAAGCACGCCGACCUCCGCGCCUUCACCGCCGCGCUCGAAAGCGGCGAGGACGAGUUCGUCAAACGUCGGAUUUACUUGACCCUGGAACGCGGCCGGGACAUUCUACUGCGGAAUCUCUUCCGGAAAGUUUUCAUUGCGGGAGGCUUUGAGGCAGCUGCGAAGGAAGGCGAGGCGCCUGCUCGACGGACGAGAGUUCCGGUCUGGGAGUUUGCGGCGGCGUUGCAGAUGCGAGGGGCGGAGGUCGGGGAUGGGGAGGGUGGGGUGGAUGGGGAUGAGGUCGAGUGUUUGGUUGCUAAUGCUAUUUAUAAGAAUUUCAUGAAAGGGUAUAUCGCCCGCGACCGCGGCAUCGUCGUCCUUAGUAAGGCUGGCGCAUUCCCGGGGACGGGGGUCUGA